ACGUCGGCGGCGCCGGCCUCCACUUCGCUCGCGAGCAGGGCCGCGUCGGGCGGUUGCGCGCUUGGCUGGCUGGGCCCGGUGCGAGAGCGGCGCUGCGCCAUGGAGAUGAAGAAGCGGCUGACGCUGGAGCUGCGCAACAAGAAGCCGGCCGAGGUGAAGGAGCUGGUGCUCGACAACUGCCGCUCGGACGAUGGGAAGAUUAGCGGGCUCUCCCCGGACUUCGAAAACCUGGAAUUCCUCAGCAUGAUAAAUGUCAACCUUCUCUCCAUCUCUAACCUUCCCAAGCUUAACAAACUCCGGAAGCUGGAGCUGAGCGACAAUCGUAUUUCGGGCGGGCUGGAAGUCCUAGCGGAAAAAACACCAAAUUUGACGCAGUUGAAUCUCAGCGGCAAUAAAAUAAAGGAGAUCAACACACUGGAACCUCUGAAAAAACUGCCCCACCUCCGGAACCUCGACCUCUUCAACUGCGAGGUGACGACGCUGAUGAACUACCGGGAGAGCAUCUUCACCCUCCUGCCUCAGCUGAUCUAUCUCGAUGGGUUCGACGCCAGCGACAAAGAAGCCCCCGACUCGGACCCAGAAGCCGAUGGGCUGGAUGAUGAGUAUGACGAGAACGGAGACGAAGAGGAGGAGGAAGAGGAGGAUGAGGAAGAUGAAGAAUUAGAUGACGAAGAUGACCUGGACGGCGAGGAAGAGGAGAAUGGAGGCGACGAUGAAGACGACGAUGACGAGGAUGACGGCGACGAAGAUGAGGAUGAGGAUGAAGAAGCUGAGGUCCAGCAGGGCGAGAAGCGGAAACGAGAUCCAGAGGAGGACCCCUACGAAGACGAGGAUGAAGACAAUGACGACUGAGUCCGUCCGUCCUCUUCUUCGGCUCCUUUUGCAAGCCAAUCCGUGUUUUUGGCGGACUGUUGUGACUUUCCCAGCCUUAACCGCCCCCUCCCCUUUGUGAGACUGUGACGAAUCCCCUUCCCCUCUUCUGCCGCCGCCGGCUCGCCACUCUUUUGUACGGCCGUGACACCCCCACAGUAUAUAUUUUUUUAAGAUGUAGAAAAAGGGGUAGGUGUUUCAGGAGAAGUUGGAUAACUUUUUUUUUCUUUUUUGGGGGGAGUUAGCUUUCUCUUCCCUCUCCCACCCCUCGCACUGUGCCCCUCUUUCCUCCUCCCAGCCACCCUACCCCCCCCCCCCCCGAUAUAGGAGGUAUUUGCGACCAAAGGCUUACCAAUGCAAGGGCAGGUUUAAUUGAACCUGCAAGCAAUUGGGGUUCCUCUCUUCCCCCACCCAUCCUCGCUUUGCACACACACCCCUCCUCGGCCACCCUUGAUCCCAGAUGCAUUUGGACACGGCGAUUCCUGGUGGGGGAGGUGUCAGCCGUGGCCCCUCCCACUCUGCCGAGGGGGAGGACAAACAACGAUGCACCCUUCUGGGAAUGAGGCCGAGAGGGGGGUGCCUGGUGCAGCUGUGGCCCCUGGCAUGAGUUCCGGAUGCGGGACCCUCCUCGGCACGGGCUCUGUGGCGACGCUGCUG